AGUUAGAGAACAAAACAAAGUAUACUAUAUCACGCAUUGGGUCAAUCCUUCUGUAUCACUGCAAAAUACAAAUUUGAAGAGUAGAUGAUAAAUAGCUCUCAUGUUUCAAUAAAAUGGACGCAAUCCUUGAAGUUCAUCUAUAUCUACUAAUAGGUGGCCAUCAAAUGCGGCAUAUGUGCUAAUUGUUGGAUUAUAUGUCGACAACCUGGUGAGGUUGAAAAGUUUCAAUGGUAUCUCAGUCAAUCCUAUGUUGGAAUAUUUCUGAACAAUCUAUUCCAUAACAGAGCCUUUUUUGGCAGGGGGUGUUAUACUUUCAGACACCUGUGUUCCCCUUUAUUCUUGAUUUGCCAAAAUAGUCUUCCACUUCUCUGCAUUUUUCUCCCUGACCCUGUGUUCUAGUUAUCAUAUCAACAUGCGUUUCGUUUCCUCUGACGAUGUCUUUAUAGCUAUCUCAGCCACUUUCCAAUCAUCUUUGUAUGCAUUUUUUUCAAUUUCAUGGGUAAUGGUGUAAUGGGUCUGCUGAAAGACUGAAUUGGAAUGCAGUAUACUAGCCUGUUCUGUCUCAAAACCAGUUUAGAAAGGAAACCAUGGAUACCAAUGAACUAGUUCUGAAUAAGAGUUCCAUGGCUGAGAUACUUGACCAGAGUUCUUGUGCUUUUUGUCACUCUAACCUAUGGAGGUCCUGUGCUGUUUCACACUCAGGCAAUUGUAGAUGUGAUCCUCAAGCUCAAAGAAGAAAGUCUCAGUGUACACUGUCAACCACCAAGGAGAUAUUGGACAAACAAAAGAAACUAUUUCACAGUAAAGAGCCUCAUGGUGUAACAGUUAAGGAAGAAAACCCAUCACCAGGGCCUAAACAUUUAGGCAGGCAUAGAGCAGAACAGUGCUUUCUAGGCUCUUCUGUAUAUUAUGGUGGACCUGAUGAGCUUUAUGACAUUCCCCAAGGAAGAAAGGAAGACCCAAGUGAGAUUAAAAUGGCAGCUAAGAAAUUGGAAGAUGCCAUGGACCCAUUUCAGAUUGAAUAUGCAACCAGAGGGAAUUGGUGGGAAGGUUCCCUUUACUACUAAAAUUUGGGAUCAGGGAAAAAUAUGAUGUGAGUAGCAACAGUGGAUUGGUCCCCAAUAUAAAAGGAGAACUAUUUUUUCAAAUAUAUUUGAAAAUAAAAAUAAAAAAAUGUUUUUUUUUGUUAAGUAAAGAUGUGAUAUGAAUAGCAAAAGUGGAUUGGUCCCCAGUGUAAAAGAAGAUCUUGAGUGAUGAUUGAGUUGUAAUUUUAACUUUAAUCAAAUUGAAAUUGAUAAACAAUUGAAAUAUGUAAGUAAAAUGAUUUCAUUUAUGAAUUAUUUAUUUAGUGAAGCUUAUUAUAA